UGGUGCCGCUCCACUAGGAAAACCCCCCAGGGUGGGGGGAAAGGCAGCGCGGCGGGGUCCUCCACGGGGAAAGGCAGUCAACAAGCUCAGGGCAAAGGUGGUGGUGUAACAGGCAAACUUGGUGCUCAAAACCAGGGCAAGAAUUCCGGGGGUGCAAAAGGUGCUAUGAGUAUGGGUCCAAGUAAACAAGAGCGGAAAAGUCCAGUAGCCAGCCCUAAACCUAAUCAAACCAAAGAUGCCGAUGGUGACUCUGAAGAUCAGAAAAAUCAAGAAUCUACAGCACCUAAGGUGCCACCGUUGAAGAUAGUCAUACCAGGCGGCGCGGGGGGCUCUGCCAACAGAAACGAGCAAGAAGGUGAAGGUGGUAGCGGGCAGCGCGGCAGCGGGAAGGGGCGCGGCAGCGUGGCGACGCUGCCCUACGUGCUGCCGUGCACCAGCGCCGCCGACGCCGGCCAGACCUCCGACAGCUCCGACGGCAACUCGGACGACAAGCGCCAGGGAGAAGGCGGCAAGGCUGGGCAAAGAGUCCUCCGUUCGCACAGGACGAACGAUGGAGAGAAAGAGAAGGACAAGGAGAGGACUUCCCCUCAGACAGGGAGCGAGAGUCGCUCCGGCACGGGUUCCACUCAAUCGACAUUGAGUUCCAACAAGAGCCCCCCGCCCUCGGGCUCUGGGCAGGAUAGCGAGCACGCUCCGUCCACAUCAACCGGCGGAGCCAGCAGCCGCUCUGAGACAGUAAACAACCCUGGGCCGUCAGUAGAGCUGCACCCGCGAAAACGCAAGAUAAAGGCUUCGAAAGAUAGCCACUCGCGGGAGCCCGUCAAGACCGAGCCCGCGCCCGACAGCACCGUGUCUCACAGCGUCACGCAUUCCAACCCCUAUCAAAUGUACAUUCAUAUUCGCAAACAGAUUGAAAAUCGCCAGAAGAGCCUGUUUCCUGUGAAGCCUAAACCGCCCAAAGACUUCAACAAGUAUCUGAUGAACCGCUGCACGUACACCCUGCAGAGUAACGUGAACCCCGAGCCGCAGGUGGAGAUACCUCACAACAUGCCGCCGCAGAUGGUCAGCGAGUUUACUGAUCAGGAGAAAGAACGGACACGAAUGAGAAUUCAACACCUAGUCGAGAAAGAGAAACUAGUGCUAGCUGUAGAACAAGAAAUCCUACGCGUGCACGGGCGCGCCGAACGCGCUGUGAUAAAUCAGUCUCUCCCUUAUUCCGUAUGCACAAUGUUGCGCGACAAGGAAGUGUACAACGUGCUGGCUCCGGAGCAGGAGGAGAAGCGCAACGCGCAGCGCUCGCGCUGCAACAGCCGGCAGAUCAACUCGUGGCUGCAGGAAGUCGAUGAUAAAUGGGAAAAGAUUAAGGAGGGCAUGCUUCGGCGUCAGAACACGGAAGCUGAAACUUUACAUGCUGUUCAGAAAAUGGGAUGGGAAUGGAAACUCAAAGAACUUGGUAUUUGCGACUACAAAACCACCCCUAAAAUCGAUCCAACACAUGUACCUCAAAUAUUUGUUUCUAAUUUUGACUUGCGCGCUUAGAAUUGUGUCUUUUUUAGUUCGUAUAAUAUCGGCCUGGUAUCCAGACUGAUAUUUAUAUUUUAAUAUUAUUGCUAUAAUUAUUUUUAAUAAUACGUACUAUAAUUAAUAAUUAUUAAUAGUUGGAUAUAUUCAAUUGGUGCUAAAAAUUGAAAUUUAAUAUUAUUAUUUUUGUUUGACAUCAGCUCAAGAGUUUUUCGCGUUUCUGACGGCUAUUGUUUGUCAUUGUAAGAAGCAUGAUGCUGCAUGCAUGUACUCUCCUUGACUUUGUUCCUUAGUCACGGUGACAUGUAUUGUUGAGGUAUACACAACUCGCCCUUUGUUACCACUCUAACUUGACAUACUGAAUGAACGUAAAUAAAACAGAAUACUUAUUUCCGACACAGAAUAUAUAAUAGUACAAAAUGUACAAAUAGAGUUGCAUUAGAGUAAUAGUAGUGUUUCCGUUAUGAAUCUUGAAUUGUUCAAUGUCACAUAUUAUUUGUGAUUUAAUCGUAAGCAUACAAUUAUAUUAACCAACAAUUUUAUUAAUAGUGAAACGCGAAUUUUAUUUACGUUCAUGGUAUUGUUACAAUAGUAAUGUGAAAGCGUAUUUGGCCACUUCAUUUGUAUUUAAUUGUAUAAUUUGAUGAUCUUUAUAAUAGUAAUUUUGUUAUUUUUAAGAAUUUUAAAGUAAUGAUCUCAUGAAAAUGAUACUUGAUUAUUAUGAAUAUUAUUAUUAAUAAAUAAAUGUAGAUUCUAAGGUGACUUCAUUGUUCACGUAAAAGUUUACAAUAUUCAAAUAAGGGUUAACUCCAACAUCAGAUUUUGUAAAACUUUUCAUCAGUUCUUUGUGUAAACACAUUAAAAGCUAGUGCUACCAGGGUUGGCGAUGCUGUCAUUAAUCUACUAAUGUUUAAAUUUUGUGCUGUGAUUUGUAUGUAAUCUCAGAGAUUCUUUUCACUAGUAUUCGUUUUCUACCCUGAUACUGAUACAAGCUUAGCACUUUUCAAACAAGCACUCCAUGAAUGAGCUCCCCGAAGACUCAAAAACUUCAAAAGACCAACUUUCAGUAUGUGACUAAAACCCAGUCCCCAGUCGCCAGCUCUUGGGUUGUCAAAAAUGAAUUUCUAUAAUGUAAAUACAACUUUCUUUCAUUAAAUCACAUUUUGGAAGCAUUUUCUUGUCAUCAACAAGCAGAAGCAUGUUAAUUGUCAUCAACUCGUAUUAUACUUGAGUACUACUAUGACUUGUGUAGUGCUGGAAAAUAAAUUAGCUUUACCACUGGUUGCAAUUUAAAGUAAUUCUGAUAAAGGUCUCUAGAUGUUUUAAUCAGUUCAGUAUAUCGGUGUCUGUAAUCGUAUUAUCUACAUGGCUACUGAAUUACUGUGUUGUGUGAAUGCACCAUAAUCAUAGUUCAUCAGAAGAUUAUUGGAUUGGUUUAAUGAAUAGGUAAUGACUAAUUGUCAAAUCUGGAGUGCCCGCUUCCCACUUGUUGCAAUAAAAAGUAAUUCUGAUAAAGAUUUCUAGAUGUUGUAAUCCAUUCAAUAUAUCAGUGUCUGUAAUCGAUUUAUCUACGUGGCUACGAAAUUAAUUACUCGUGUGCGAGUGCCACAUAAGCAUAGUUCAUCAGAAAACGAUUGGACUGGUUUAAAGAAUUGUGACUACAUCUGAGUGCCCGCUUAUGUGUAUACUUUGUGAUCAAUUGAUCAUUGUUCUUAUCAAUGAAAUAGGUUAAGUUUCACUGUGACAUUAGUACGUUACAAGACGUACAUUUCUGUAAUAUGGCGAGAUGCUAAUGAAUAAAUAAAUAAUAAUGAAUGUGAUUAA